CGGUAAAAGCUUCGAGUCGCGUUAAUCCAAAGCGGUUCAUAAGAAACGCACAUCCGCCUCCCCUGUUUCUCCAGCUUCGAGGUAUUCCAACCAGAGCAGAGAGAGCAGGGCGCGAGAGGCUGCAAGCGGCCGCCGCCAUGGAGAACGAGUUCCAGGAUGGCAAGGAGGAGGUCAUCCAAGCAUGGUACAUGGAUGACAGUGAGGAGGACCAGAGGCUUCCUCAUCACCGUGAGCCCAAAGAGUUCAUUCCUCUUGCCAAACUUUCAGAAUUAGGUGUUGUAAGCUGGAACCUGAAUGCUGAUGACUGGGAGAAAGACGAGAAUCUCAAGAAAAUCCGUGAGGCCAGGGGAUACUCUUAUGUGGACAUUUGCGACGUAUGUCCAGAGAAGUUGCCAAACUAUGAGGCCAAGCUGAAGAACUUCUUUGAAGAGCACUUGCAUACUGAUGAAGAGAUACGCUAUUGUCUCGAGGGCAGUGGAUACUUUGAUGUGAGGGACCAAAACGAACAGUGGAUCCGUAUAGCAGUUAAGAAAGGUGGCAUGAUUGUUUUGCCUGCAGGAAUGUAUCACCGCUUUACAUUGGAUAGUGACAACUACAUCAAGGCAAUGCGGCUCUUUGUGGGAGAGCCUAUCUGGACGCCAUACAAUCGUCCCCAUGACCAUCUCCCAGCCAGAAAGGAGUACGUCGACAAGAUUAUCAACAGAGGUGGGAACCAAACCGUCGAAGCUCGUUUGUCGCCGUCGGCCGCCUGGCGCACCCGCGCGUCUGUCGACCGCCGAUUGGUCGCCUCGCCCACUUGCGCCGCGCGCGACAACCUCAGCCACACCCGCACCAACCCGCCCGCGCUAGCUGCGACCCGGCCCCGGCGUCCAGAAGCUUCCGAGCCGGCCGGUCACGAACGCGCCGCGCUGCCCAGAACCUUCCGUCUCAUCCCCCGUCCCGUCGCGCUCGCUCCCGUACUCGGCAGGAGUAUUUAUCAGCGAGCACCGCCCACUUUCCCGCGGAAGGAAAGCAGCCAGCCAAAGACCACCUGCGUUGGGUGCCACUGUGCUAAGCAAUUCUUUGGAUUCUUCCGUUUGCGACAGGAGAUCGCUGGUUGUUUGCUUGCUCGGCCACGAGGAGGGAUGGACCGGGUGCUGCUGCCGGUGAGGGUGAAGGAGGAGUGGCCGCCGCCGCUGCCGGAGGAGGAGGAGGAGUUGGAGCAUGGGGGCCUGGCGCCGCGGCCGAUGGAGGGGCUGCACGAGACUGGCCCGCCGCCGUUCCUGACCAAGACGUUCGACCUGGUGGCCGACCCGGCCACCGACGGCGUCGUCUCCUGGGGCCGCGCCGGGAACAGCUUCGUCGUCUGGGACCCGCACCUCUUCGCCGCCGUGCUGCUCCCGCGCUUCUUCAAGCACAGCAACUUCUCCAGCUUUGUCCGCCAGCUCAACACCUACGGUUUUAGAAAGAUCGAUCCAGACAGAUGGGAAUUCGCAAACGAGGGUUUCAUUCGGGGCCAGAGACAGCUUCUAAAGAUGAUAAAGAGAAGGAGGUCAUUGUCCUAUCUCCCUUCAUCACAGCACCAGGCCCUUGGCUCUUGCCUCGAGGUCGGCCAGUUCGGAUUCGACGAAGAAAUCGAAGUGCUAAAGCGUGACAAGAACGCCUUACUCGCAGAGGUGGUGAAACUGAGGCAGGAGCAGCAGAGCAGCAGAGCUGACAUGCGAGCCAUGGAAGAGAGGCUGCACCACGUCGAGCAGAAGCAGCUCCAGAUGAUGGGUUUCCUGGCAAGAGCGAUACAGAACCCUGACUUCUUUCUCCAGUUGAUCCAGCAACAAGAUAAACUGAAGGACCUCGAGGACGGUUACCCGACGAAGAGGAGGAGGCCCAUCGACGUAAUGCCGUUCCUUGGCCCUGAGGGGACCAGUCAGAGUGAGCCACUCGAGUCCACAUUCAUAUUUGAGGACAGGGAAUUUUCAGAGCUGGAGAAUUUAGCCAUGAACAUUCAGGGGAUCAGGAAGGGCAUGGAGCAUGACAGAGGUGGUCGGAAUCAGGGCUGCGGUGAGGCCGAGCUGACUGACGACUUCUGGGAGGAGCUGCUGAGUGAAGGAAUGAGGGAUGAAGCUGAGAUUUUAGAGCUGGAAAGGAGGAGAUCUAGAUAUGUCGACGCGUAGCGCAAAAGCUGGGUCAUCUAAGUAAGAGCGAUCCAAAAUCUACUAGAAUUCAUAACCAUUUAAUAUAUAUACCAUUGUAUUGAUAGCUAUAUUGUAUAUUGUAGUGCAAAUUUAUAGUCAUAGACUGAUUGUAUUGCGGUUCCACACCGAUUAUGUGGUUUAUAUCUAGUGGUAUAAAUACUGUCCCU